UAUAAAAAGUCAUCGUCUCUGCAAAGUUGGUGAGAGAAACUUGUUUGUUUUAACGGAGGCAAAUUAAACCCGAGGGAGUAAUAAGGUCAGAGAGCCAUGGACCAAACCGAGCUGCUGAAGCCAGAGACUCUGGACGAGCUGAUCAAAACCCUGCACGACAUCUUCGACAGUGACUGCAUCAAUGUGGAGGAGGUCCAGGGUGUGAUGGAAUCUUAUGAGAGCAAACCUCAGGAGUGGAUGAAGUACGCGAAGUUUGACCAGUACAGGUACACAAGGAACUUGGUGGAUGAGGGAAAUGGGAAGUUUAAUCUCAUGAUUCUGUGCUGGGGUGAAGGACACGGCAGACUCCCUGGGCCUGCAUCGUGUGGAAAAUGUCAGCCACACUGAGUGUGCAGUCAGUUUGCAUCUGUACAGUCCCCCUUUCCAGGCGUGCCAGACCUUUGACCAGCGGACAGGCCACAGGAACACUGUCAAGAUGACAUUCUGGAGCAAAUAUGGAGAGAGGACUCCUUUUGAGACCACAGUUUCCCAAGAGAACAACUGACCGUAACCGAAGGAGGCGCCGCAUGACGAAGACAGUUGCAUUUGAAAUGACAAUGGGACAUUGGGAUCAAAGGAAUUGAAAAGCAGAACCAACUAUGACUAAGCAAAACAUGUUAAAAAAAAAAAAACAGAUCAGGAGCAGACCGGUUCAAAAGGACAACCCGGUAAUUAGAAUGGCUUUAUCACCGCCCAGUGUGAGCUUGGCAAAUACUGAUGAGCGCAGGAUGAAUGCAUGAAUAGGCUCGGACAUGGACUGAAUCUGCCUUUUGUUUGCCGGGCCUGAGGAGACCCUUUUCCAAUAACAACAUUCCUGUCUACCCAUGACCUGUGCACCCUCAUUUCUCUAAAGUUAUGGCCCAUAAUCGAAGAGUAGAGCGCAAGCAUUUCUAAAAACAAAACUGGAAGAUAUUGUUAUAGCGUUUCUCUUAAAAUUUCUCCACAACAAGGAAAAGGAACACGAAUCUCGAUGGAGCACUUUUAUAUAACUGUGUUUAGUUUGUACCGCUCAAAAUAAUCUUAACACCUGUUGAGAAUUGUGAUGACAUGUAACCUUGUGUGUACAGCCUGAUUCAAGAAAAGAAAGUGUUUGUUCAGUUUGGAUGAAGAAGUGUAAAGCUUGAGAGUUGUGUUGUUUUUACAAGUGUGAUGCUUUUGUAAUUUAUUUACAGAGUACUCUGUCCAUGGAAGGAGUGUUUGAAUCAACCGUGUUUCUCCGAAAUGUAUUCAUACAAGUUUUGACCAAGAGAGUUUUUAGAGAGGGACUACUUCUUUUUCUCUUUUGUUUUUGGCAGAUAAAAUGUGUUUAGAUUAAAACUCCUUUUUUUUUCCUCUCAGGAUUUUGGCAUAUUUCGAUGGUAGCUGUAUUUAUGAAGUGUGUAGUUUUACAGCAUAGCACCAGCAUCUCUCAUAGCUCUGUCAAACGCAUGCCUGCUUUUUGUGAUGCAGUAAAUUAUGAAUCUGGCCAUGACUGUAGACCAUUAAACACGAUUACCCUUUCACAGAA